CAAGUUGCUGCCUUCCUGCGCAAGCAACCAUUCCAGCAUCCAGAGCCACUUUGAAGCUCUCGAUCGUAGCCUUCCAGGGAAAGUCGAUCCAAACCGGCUUAAGUCGUUUGUUCUUGAUGACUCGGUAUAUGCACAUGUUUUCCCCUUUGUUUCUUGAUUGUUUGAGCUUGAAUUAUUGCGUCUUUGGCCUAUUUUAUGCUAGGUUGUGUUCCUGUGUCCCAUUUCAGGUCCUAGCACAUAAAGUGAAGCAUAGGCGCAAGUUUCAAGUCAAUCAGAGAUCAAUUGACGAUUCGAGAGAAGAAACUCGGGCAUGACCUGAAGAAGAAUGGAUUUCUACCUCACUUUAUGGACAAAGAAUCAUGCAAGCUUGUUAUGAAACGAAAGAGGACGAGACUACGAGCGUCUGGGAUCAAACGGCGAUUGAUUCGGAGUCCGGACGAGGGAGAAACGAAGCAUUAAACAGAGGCUGAGCAAGCUGCACGGGCAGACCAGCGUGGCCACGCACGGCCGUGCAAGUGACCAGUUUGGCCGUGCGGGAUUGUGCGUGGGCACGCACGGGCACAAGUGAAAUCCGCACGGCCGUGCAACAUACAAUUCUGGCCGUGCGAGUUGGCUGAGGUUCAACUAAUUGAUACGCCGCGUUUUGAGGUGCACGGCCAGAAUGGUGAUGUGCACGGCCGUGCACCCUGGCCGUGCGAGUCGGGAUUUCCUGGUUUUAAGCCAAAUUCCGAACCAAAGAAGAGGGAGCUGGGUUUUGGAUCCCAAACACCCAAGGGACGAACCCUAGAGAGAGAGGGCGAUUUGAGGGCAUUCUUGGAGUAGAGAAGGAGGAUUUCUUCGCCUUGGAAGCUCGAGGAACAAGCCCGGACUUGAAGACUGAUCAUCUGAAGAUUCUUACUGCAGUCUCUCUCUUCUCUAUGGAGUAACUUCCCUUCACUUAGGUUUUGAGGAACCCUAGCUAUGUUUGUUUGAUUGGAUGAUUGUAUGAGUACUCUGACUGGUUAAUCUUGAGUUCAUAUUCAAUCUAUGCAUGUUUUCAUGAUUCAAUUCUGCUUUAGUCGAGAUUAUUGAUUCUGCUUUGAUUCUAUGAGAGGGAAUACCUGAUUAGGUCAAUAGAGCACCAUAGAUUGAUAGUAGUGGAUCGAUUGCUUUAGUCGAGGGUUGAUUCACUGCUUUGUAUCGAUUGAGAACCUCUUUCGAUAGAGGGAGUCUAGUUCAGAACGCCUUGAUCAGUUGUUCUAGAGAAGGAUACGUCCCUCUAGGCAAUUGACUCAAGAGGGCCUUGUUCCUUUAGUCGAGACUCAAGGUCUAGUCAAGGAUUCUCCGCAUUGUGAAUGAAAGUGAAACAGGUUAGAGAUCAUCAAUCAUUAAUCUGGCUAGUGGCUAGGGGGAAUCAUACCUAAGUGAGUUCCCAACCUGUAAUUAGAUUAACUUUAACUGUAGUUUGCUAGAGUAGUUUUAGUUCUUUCAUCUUAAUCUGGUUUGCUAAAUAAUAAACUGAAGUUGAGUAAUAGUAACUCUAGAGACCCGUGGAUUCGAUAUUUAUCACUUGAGCCACUAUACUGCAGUCCCUUCCAUUGGUUACACUUGGCCUUUGUUAGGUGUUGUGUUUUAGAGCAGUCAAGUUUUUGGCGCCGUUGCCGGGGACUUUCUAGAGUAUUAGGAAAGGCAGAAGUUUGUUACUUUAGCGUUUUUCUUUUCUUUUCUUUCCCACCCUUGCUUUUCACUUGGGUGUUUUUGUUUUUGUUGGUGCAUAUCUGAAUCAUGGAUCCUAAUGGCUUCUUCAAUCAUUGGGGGUAUCCACCGCCAUCUGGGUGGUAUUACCCCGAGACUCCCUGGAGCAAUCAAGGCAGAGAAGACUAUGGAUUCGGGUUCCAGUACCAACCCCCUUACUACGGAGAACAACCGGACCCCUGGGCAUAUCAAGAACAACCUCAUUAUCAAGAAGAAUUUCUCCCACAACCAGAAGGGCCAUCGGCGCUGGAGUUACUCAUGGAGCAGUAUGCUCGAGACUGUGAGAGAACAUGCUCCAGGAUGGAUCAGUGUGUCCAGGCCUAUCGUGAAACAGAUGAGAUCCUCCUGAGCCUUAAGAAGAGCGUCGAUGAUCUUGAGCGAUCUUGGGCGCAACCUGCUCCAGAUCACCCUUCUGCUACCAUACAAGAAGAGGAGGAGGAAGAAGAAGGCUACAAGGGCAUUGUGGAACACACUGAAGUUGUCACGGAGAGCUCCCGUGAUGAUCAUGAUCAGGCCUGUCAUGUCGUAGCCGACCACACCUUCCCACACCCCAAACUGAGCUUUGAAGAGGCGGGCAUGAGUGAGGAGAUGCAAGAAGAUCUCAUGAAAGAAAUUGCUUGGCAACUUGCUCUCCAAUCCGUGCUAGAAGAAGAAGAGCAAGAAAGGGUGCAGAAAGAAGUUGUGGAGGAUGACGAAAGUGAAGCUGGAGGAGUUCUUGAUCAUUUCCCAGGGGUGAUACCACAUGAAGAAGGAAGGGAGGUUGAAGAAGCAAUUGGCGUCCAGGCUGAGGACGAAGUUGAGGUGGAAGAGGCUUGCACCGGCCAUGAGUUACAUGUGAUAUCUCCACCAAACUUCGAGGAACUGCUUAGCAAGGACCCAUUUGCAGUGUCUCUUUGCCAGACCAAGGCCACCUCGACAUCGGUCCCUCUUGGUGGACGCGAUGGUGGCCAAUCGAUGCUUUCUUAUCUGGUUUGGGGCAAUGAGACGAGAGAAGAGAAGAAGAGGUCUCGAGGGUGGAGACUUCAUCUGCAUCAAGUACAUGAGCCUUCCUCACCUGCCACACCACAUGCUCGUGACUUGAGACUCCACCUCAUCGACGAGAACCUCAACUUCAAGGAGGUUCUAGCAUGGACCGAAACUUAGGAGCCAUCGUCCGGCUCACGACGUGAAAGAAGCGCUUGUUGGGAGGCAACCCAACCAGUCGGUUUGCAUUUCUUUCUCUAUUUCUCCUCGGUUGAGUCAGUUUUGUUAUUUGAUUUUAGAGUCAAUAACUCAACCUUUGUGAGAUUUUGUGUGGUGUUUGUGUUCUGAUUACUCUCUCUUCCUGGACUGCACUGCCUGACCCGUACAUCAUCAUUCACCCUUGAUCUGGUAACUUCGUUCAACCCUCCUUAUCUUUCCUCCAUUGAGGACAAUGUCGUGCUUAAGUGUGGGGGGGUGUUCGAUUAUGUAUGCGGGUGAAUGUUUGGCUGUUUGUGUGCUUGGAGCCUAGUCCACUGUCCAAAUUUUUAAAUUUGAGGGCUCCAAGUACGUGUUCCAUGCAAUUGCCUGCUCAGUAUGCUUUGAAUUGACAGUCUUUACAGUAAUAUGCAACCUAGGGAGGUAGUGUAGCACUAUGGAGGAUGUUGAUGCAUUUAAGAAGUCUCAUUUCUUCUUCAUAUAAAGUUGGUUGAUUGAGUGAAUUAGUGAUCUUAGGACCCUUGAAUUGUGUGGUGUUGUGGAUUCUCUACCUGUCAUGGACUCUUGUAUCAUGUUUUGAAAGUAACAGGUGCUCGAAAAUGUGCUUCAAAAUAAACGUCUCCCGUGCGAAUAGGGCGAAAGUGUGUAAGGGGAGACGGGAAUUCGUUCCCAAUUUCCACCUACUACCUCCAGCCCCCUUACAUGUCUUUCCCCCGCACGAGGCUCGAGACAUCCGCUCCUGGCAUGGCCGGUAAGAGCAGGUUGGGACCCUUGAAAAAGAAAAGAAAAGAAAAAUAUCAGAAAACAAGCAAAACAAAAAAAAAGGGGUCUCAACCAUCUUCAAGAAGCAGAAAAUAGAGCACCUUGAAAAAUGUGAGUCCAUGAUCUGUUGUUUUUGAGAAUCUCCUCAUCCACAAUUCAUUUGUCCUCUGUUCACUAUUUGCCAUGAUGCCGACUCGCCGAAGAAGUUAUGAGAUGACUUGUGCGUCGGUUGACCUCGUAAGCUGCUAAAUGAUCUAGGAAGUCCUCUACCUACGAUCUGGGUUGUUUGUUGCUAUAGAGGUCUGGAGAGUUGCAUUGGUUUGAGUUAGGUUUGCUUGGGGACAAGCAAACAGUUAAGUGUGGGGGGAUUUGAUGACUCGGUAUUUGCACAUGUUUUCCCCUUUGUUUCUUGAUUGUUUGAGCUUGAAUUAUUGCGUCUUUGGCCUAUUUUAUGCUAGGUUGUGUUCCUCUGUCCCAUUUCAGGUCCUAGCACAUAAAGUGAAGCAUAGGCGCAAGUUUCAAGUCAAUCAGAGAUCAAUUGACGAUUCGAGAGAAGAAACUCGGGCAUGACCUGAAGAAGAAUGGAUUUCUACCUCACUUUAUGAACAAAGAAUCAUGCAAGCUUGUUAUGAAACGAAAGAGGACGAGACUACGAGCGUCUGGGAUCAAACGGCGAUUGAUUCGGAGUCCGGACGAGGGAGAAACGAAGCAUUAAACAGAGGCUGAGCAAGCUGCACGGGCAGACCAGCGUGGCCACGCACGGCCGUGCAAGUGACCAGUUUGGCCGUGCGGGAUUGUGCGUGGGCACGCACGGGCACAAGUGAAAUCCGCACGGCCGUGCAACAUACAAUUCUGGCCGUGCGAGUUGGCUGAGGUUCAACUAAUUGAUACGCCGCGUUUUGAGGUGCACGGCCAGAAUGGUGAUGUGCACGGCCAUGCACCCUGGCCGUGCGAGUCGGGAUUUCCUGGUUUUAAGCCAAAUUCCGAACCAAAGAAGAGGGAGCUGGGUUUUGGAUCCCAAACACCCAAGGGACGAACCCUAGAGAGAGAGGGCGAUUUGAGGGCAUUCUUGGAGUAGAGAAGGAGGAUUUCUUCGCCUUGGAAGCUCGAGGAACAAGCCCGGACUUGAAGACUGAUCAUCUGAAGAUUCUUACUGCAGUCUCUCUCUUCUCUAUGGAGUAACUUCCCUUCACUUAGGUUUUGAGGAACCCUAGCUAUGUUUGUUUGAUUGGAUGAUUGUAUGAGUACUCUGACUGGUUAAUCUUGAGUUCAUAUUCAAUCUAUGCAUGUUUUCAUGAUUCAAUUCUGCUUUAGUCGAGAUUAUUGAUUCUGCUUUGAUUCUAUGAGAGGGAAUACCUGAUUAGGUCAAUAGAGCACCAUAGAUUGAUAGUAGUGGAUCGAUUGCUUUAGUCGAGGGUUGAUUCACUGCUUUGUAUCGAUUGAGAACCUCUUUCGAUAGAGGGAGUCUAGUUCAGAACGCCUUGAUCAGUUGUUCUAGAGAAGGAUACGUCCCUCUAGGCAAUUGACUCAAGAGGGCCUUGUUCCUUUAGUCGAGACUCAAGGUCUAGUCAAGGAUUCUCCGCAUUGUGAAUGAAAGUGAAACAGGUUAGAGAUCAUCAAUCAUUAAUCUGGCUAGUGGCUAGGGGGAAUCAUACCUAAGUGAGUUCCCAACCUGUAAUUAGAUUAACUUUAACUGUAGUUUGCUAGAGUAGUUUUAGUUCUUUCAUCUUAAUCUGGUUUGCUAAAUAAUAAACUGAAGUUGAGUAAUAGUAACUCUAGAGACCCGUGGAUUCGAUAUUUAUCACUUGAGCCACUAUACUGCAGUCCCUUCCAUUGGUUACACUUGGCCUUUGUUAGGUGUUGUGUUUUAGAGCAGUCAGUUCUCCUAUCCUCGUAGUACAAGUUCCAACUCACCUCUUCCCUCGACGAUGCUCCAUCUGUAUUGAAUAAGCUCCCAAAGAUGGUCUCUUGAACUGCUUCCAGACUUGGCCAAAACCAGCCAAUUUCCCAGUUUCACCCUGGCUACUUGAUGAUCCUCGUCCAUGUACUUAGAGACUUGGAAUUGUGAAAAUAACCAUCCAGACUUGUACAUAAACACUUGUUCUUCAAUCUCCACCCUUCCGCUUGCAUUUCCAAUCAAUCAUAAUGUAAGAUAUGAACAUGUAAAGUAAGCACCACGAAACAACCCAAACACUUAACCAAAUUCUUCCAUUUUUUCAAUCAAACAUUGAUGGAUCCUUUGGCAAGCAAUUGAUUCGUGUUUAAGGGCCAAUCUAGGAUUAUAUCAUAUAUGAACUACCCAGUGGAGGAGCUAUUCACAGAGGAGGGGGGUGCAAGCACCCCCCUUAGGCUGGAGAAAAAAAUUAACGGGUAUAGGGAGUUUCUAUCCCUAGGUUGCCACUUUAUUCAUUGAAACUACAGAAAGUAAUCAACCCCUUAUUUGUAUUGAAUCGAAUGCCCUCCACCACCCCUGCCACCCUGUCAAUCCAAUUGCUCCCUGCUAUAUAACCUUCAGAGAUAAAAACCAGCCACCCAUCGAAUUUGUUAUAAGAGGGAAGUCAGCAAGCUAAGAUUUCUAUUCAUCCAUCCUCUUAUAUCACAUAAAGAAACUGAACCCACCUUUGUUUACCCCUUGCUCUCAUUCCAACCGUCUAAACUCUGAAGUUGUAUUCUUUUUGGGUUAUGGCGUCACACUUGACACUCAUUCUUCAAGCAAGUUAGGAGGGAUCGUUUUCAUCCAUGAAAUACACUCAUUCUUCAAGCAAGUGAGGAGGAUCAUUUUCAUCCAUGAAAUAUAUAAAAAAUGAUCUUCGAUGCCGAAUAAACAAUAAGUGGUUGAACGACACAUUUAUAACAUAUAUUAAAUAAUAUUUGCUAUAUAGUUCGAACAAAUAAUGUGUUAUUGAAUGCUUUCAAAACAUGAAAUCUCAUCGCAGCUCGUUGUAAGUCGCGUACAUCAAACUAUUUUGUAAUUAUAGGAAAUUUGGGCACUACGUUAUUGACUUCUUAUUACGUUUAGUUGACUUUUUUAUUACAUAGUUCAUUUUUUAUGAUACGGAAAAGGCACCCCCUUGGCUAAUUUUCUGGCUCCGCCACUGGAACUACCUUCUCAGGCGAGAACCAAAGUCACAACCCGAGAAUUAAUCACAACCAUAACAUUGCAUGAAAUUUGUGAACGAAAAUUGACGAUGGAGAAGAGGCGAUUACCAAUUUAAAUCAAAUAAUUCAUUAUCAAAUGCUAACACUUUAUAUAAUAUGAUGCUUAUUCCAUCAAAUGUAAGGUUGUCAAAGUUACAAAUGAGUGUUAUGCCGGAUGUGGAACAUGUUCACAAAAACUCAAAGACACAAAUGAGUUCUUAUGUGCGAAUUGUACAAUGCCAUCAAAUAUAACAACAGAACAAACUAUUAAAAUUGCAACCAUUAUUAAUAUAAACAUGGGUUGAUAUAUAGUGCGGUGAUGAAUAUAUGUGACACAUAGUUGGUUGUUUAAUUCUCUCACACUCAUAUUAUCAACGAAACAAUAGAUCGUUUGUUAAUAAUUGGUAAAACAUGAAAAUGAUUCAGUAGGAAGCGAGAGAACCUCCUUAUAGAUUCAAAUUGAUGAACUUUUUUUUUCCUCUUCUUUUGACUGGAUGGAUUGAUCAAAUUUGAGUUACAUGUUUAAGGAAGGAAAAACAGCAGGUUGAAUUGAAUUAAUAUAUAUUUUAUAGAGUUAUCUAACAUUUUUGGAGCACACAACCUUUGAUUAGUUAAAAUUAAGUUGCCAAAGCAUGUCAAGGUCCCACAUCAUCUACUUAUAUAUUAUCAAAAGUUUGUAAGUAGGAGAUUGUUAAAGCUAUCAAUUUUUAUAACAUGCUUACAAGAUCUGAGGUUAUGCUCUUUCUACAUCUUCAUUUAUUUAGCUGAGUCAUGUUUCAGUUAGGAACAUAUUUGUAGUUGGAUUACUUUCGUUUAUUUCCCACCAACAUGCGUACAAUUGUAAAUGACAUCAAUUCGUUACUUCAAUGUAUUAAUCGCUCAUGAUAGAAUACAAAUUCUUCAUAUGUAGCGUUUUUUGUGUUCAAUGAAAUAUAUGGGAAGAGACUAUCGAAAUGUAAUAAAACAAGAGAAAUUUGAUAAUAGAGAAUCUAUACACCUGUCACUUGAAGAGUUAAAUGUGAUGUUACUGGUGGAAUUGAUGACAUGUUGUGUUUUUAUUGGGAGGUUGUUUUGUUUUUCCGUUUUAUAGUUAUUAUAUAAGAUAGGUUCGAAGUCGAUCCACUAAAACCCGUUUCCGUAAUUGAAUAAUUUAAAUCCACUCCAACUUGCUUAACAAUUGUUGUUAUGGUUGUUCAGUUGGGUUUUGUCUUAUUCAUUUUUUUUCUUUUUGCUCAAUCGUCUUAUUCAUUCACCAAUCACCAUCAAUCACCUUUUCCCCCCUCUCUUUGUUGCCAGCUAUGACAGACACAGCUUACUAGUUACAAGCGGAGCAUGAUAAGUAUUCACAACUCACAAGACAUGAAAGUAAAAAAUUGAUAUGACGGUAAUAAAUUAAAGGAAAAAGAAAAGACCGUUGGAUUUGAUAAAUUAUAUGUUAAAAUGCAAGAGAACAUCUCCUUUAAUAAAUGCUAAUGAAUUGGUGAAAUAAAACAAAGUCCUUUGUUUGUCUUCUUCAUCAGGACUUACAUACUCCUCAUGCCAAAAUUUAUCUACUCUCCAUUCCAUCGAGGUUCAUCCUCCCCUUCUUAGUUAGUAAUCAACAUUAAUCUACACUUGUGAGUUGUGACUAGUACUAAUUUGAAACCGGGUUUGAUAAAGUGCGGUGGUAAAUAUAUGUGGGAAAUGGUUGGUGAUUCAAUUAAUUAAUUAAUUAAUUCUCACACACUAAUAUUCUCAACCCACUAUAAAUACAAAUGGGGCUUGGUUCGGUUGGACAGAUGGAUUUGGUUAUAUCUUUUUUCUGAUUUACUCCUUUCUUCUUUAUUGUCAAUCUCGAAUAUAUAAUUAGUGAUAAACUUUAACUGCACCAACCCAACUUUAUUGUCACGGUUAACUUUAACAACGCACUUCUUUCAAUUCGAAUUGACAGUAAAAGAAAGAACGGACACAACAUACAAAGAACCACCCUCAUAGGUGUUCGCAGCUUACAAGUAAAAAAGUAGUUAGAAUUUAGAGACAUAACAUGAAUACAUUAAAGGAAAAAGAAAAUAACGUUGAUUUGAAAAUAAAUUAAUACAAGAGAACACCUCUAUUAAUAAAUUAAUGAAAGAAAAUAAAAUUAUUUGUUCGUCUUCUUCAUCGGGACUUACUCCUCAAAUUGAUCUACUAUCCAUUCAAUCAAGGUUCACCCUCCCCUUCUUAAUUAGUAAUCAACAUUAAUCUGCACUUGUGACUAAUAUUAAUCUGAAAUCGGGCUUUAUUUGAAUGCGGACAUUUGAGGAUAAUAGUUGAAAUACGGGUUGCGUCGGAUAUGUAUAAAUACAUACUCACACAAAAGAGACGGAUUGUAUAAAGGACAAUAUUCAUCCAACAUUAAACCUACAUCUUAGUGAUAAAUACAAUUGAGGUUGGUCGGGUUGGACAUAUGAGAUGAAGGUAAAAAAAAUGAAGUGACUGGACAUUUUAAUUGGCUCGUGGUCAAUAGUAAACUAACAAAUAUUAUUUUUGUUUGGCCGUUAGUCAAAAGAAUGAAACGACCUUUAUCUU